AUGGCUUUAAAUCAAGGUAACAGAACAUACUCUUCUGACAGUGUGGGCAGUGACUUGGUCUUCACAGAAGAAAAUCAUUACCAGGGGAUGCUCAGGGCCAUGGAUGAAAGGAAAGAUGAACGGGAUAGAGUACAGAAAAAGACCUUCACAAAAUGGGUGAACAAGCAUCUGCUAAAGCACUGGAAGGCAGAGGCCCAGCGACACAUCACAGACCUGUAUGAAGAUCUCAGAGAUGGACACAACCUCAUCUCACUGCUGGAGGUGUUGUCUGGAGAGACACUGCCGAGGGAGCGUGACGUUGUCAGGAUUUCGCGGUUGCCCAGAGAGAAGGGCCGCAUGCGCUUUCACAAACUACAGAAUGUACAGAUCGCACUGGACUUCCUCAAACACAGACAGGUGAAACUGGUGAACAUCAGAAAUGACGACAUUGCGGAUGGAAACCCCAAGCUGACCUUAGGGCUGAUAUGGACAGUCAUCCUUCACUUCCAGAUCUCUGACAUCCAGGUGAAUGGUCAGUCAGAUGAUAUGACCGCCAAGGAGAAGCUGCUCUUGUGGUCUCAACGCAUGGUAGAGGGCUACCAGGGCCUGCGCUGCGAUAACUUCACCACCAGCUGGAGAGAUGGCAAGCUCUUCAACGCCAUCAUCCAUAAACAAAGGCCGAAUUUAAUUGACAUUAAUAAGGUGUACAGACAGACCAACCUGGAGAAUCUGGAGCAGGCCUUCAGCAUAGCAGAGAGAGACAUGGGUGUCACUCGUCUGCUCGAUCCAGAAGAUGUAGACGUGCCACACCCAGAUGAGAAGUCCAUCAUCACGUAUGUCUCCUCUAUGUAUGACGUGAUGCCCAGAGUUCCUGAUGUUCAGGAUGGCGUCAAGGCCAACGAGUUGGAGUUGCGCUGGCAGGAGUAUUACGAGCUGGUGACCAUGUUAUUCCAGUGGAUCAGACAUCACAUCAUUGUGUUUGAGGAACGAAAGUUCCCCUCAAGCUAUGAGGAGAUUGAGGUUCUUUGGCGUCAAUUUUUAAAGUUCAAGGAGACUGAACUACCUGCCAAGGAGACUGACAAAAAUCGCUCCAAGCUCAUUUACAAGUCUUUUGAGGGUGCAGUGCAGGCAGGUCAGAUUAAGGUUCCUCCUGGUUACCACCCCUUUGAUGUGGAGAAGGAGUGGGGCCGUCUGCAUGUGUCCAUUCUGGAGCGAGAGAAACUGCUGCGCUCAGAGUUUGAACGGUUGGAGCGUUUGCAGAGAAUAGUCAGUAAGGUACAAAUGGAGUCAGGUGUGUGUGAGGAGCAGCUCAACCAGGUGGAAACACUGUUACAGACG